UUGAAAUGCCCCACCGGAAAUGCGCUCRUCCAGGCAAGCAGGAACAGGUUACGGGGUGAGAUUUCUGCUUUGUGACAGAAAAGCAGGAGCUGCAGAGGUUCCAGCAUGGGUUUGUCGUUUCUUUUGGUUUUGUCUGCUACAGUGAUUCUCAUCAGACCUGAAACACCUGUAACAAAGGCCCUGCAUCAGAACUCACUGGAGUGCUGUGGUGAGAGACUGAAAGUGAACAUUUCGUGCUCAAAUGACACUCACUGUGAACCAGGUUGCUUUGUUCGUGUCCUGGAGAACAGCAACACUGUCUGCAUCUUCUGUGACUCAGCUGCUGUGGAUUUAGAGAACAGAACAGUCUGCACAUACAACUACACGUUGGAUCGUAAAAAUCACACAACAGUAACUACUGUCAUUCCUAAAAUUGGAGGCCCAGGUGUGGCAGCUUCUCUCCUUCUUGGAACUCUGUUGAUCAGCCUGUUCCUCAUCUUCACUGUCGCCUCCUUUUUCUACCUCAAACGCUCUAACCGGCUGCCGGGCAUUUUCUAUCGCCGCAACAAGGCCUUCAUAUUUCAACCAAGUGAGACAGCGGUGAUGAUUCCAUCCUCAUCAGGGAGGAAGCAGAGGUACGUCAGAAGGGAGCGGCCCUCUGCAACAUCAACACUGAACAGUGCCACAAUCCCCACAUCAGCCACAACUCAGGUGUACAAUGUGUAGGAAGAGGAGUGAAAGGUUUUCUGCAGGUAGGAGGGAAAGCUCAGGAAGGAGGACCAGCUGAACCUGGAAACUUUAGCCAAAUUUAGAUGUAGCUGUUGCUUCUGCCUUCAUCUCAUCGGGGCCAAAGCUGUUGGUCUUUUAACAAGAACAUUAAGAAUUUGCCAUAAAAAAAUGUCCAUCAGCCUUUUUUGCGCUCCAAGUUCACUGGAAAAGUUUAGUUUCCUCUUUUGGGACGAUAAACGAGUUUCUCAGGAUUACUUAGCUUUUAGUGAGUACAGUUACCCCCUUUUUAUUUUUUCACCWAACUAGUUCCAGAGGUCUUAAUUUAAGACCACUGCAAUAAAUGUGCCAAAAAACGGGCAUGUGGAAUAAGACAUGUCAGUUUAAAGUUUCUGUGUAACUUUUAAUGGAUCAGUUUAGUUUUGUGUUCAAAUGCUUCAUAUAGUUCAGAAUCUACUGCUUGGAAAUUAGCAAACGUUUUCAUACUCGUGAACAGCUGCUACACCUGAGUGUUGAGUAUAAAAUAAAGAAAAACUCAAUGAUUUUGCACAUUAAAGACCUUUAAUUUCCUCCAAAGCAAAGGCGGGUUCAGAAGCAGUGAUUUUUGUGGAACAAACUGACAGCCAAGCAUCAUGUCGACUCUAAGAUAAAUGUUUACCAUGUAUUUCCUGUUUGUAACUGUGCACUGAGUUUUACUGCUUCAAAUAGGGCCAUCAGAAUAAGUAAUGUAUCUUCUGCUGGACCUGAACGUACUGAUGAGUUACUGCAAACACUGAAUGGAUUAAUAUGUGCUUGAUUUUAUUCCUGCCACUGUAUUUAUUAUUUUUGUAACCAACCGAGGUGAAUGUAUCAAACACAUCCAACAAACCAGAUGUAUGCUUCAACAGGUAGACUCACUCCAGUCAUGAAAGACUUUAGAAAGUACUACUUAUAAGGAAUGUUGUCACUUUGUCAUCUUUUUAAACCAACUCCGUUUGCUCUAAACUCAUAACAUUUUGUUUUUAUGAAGACUUAGAGAAUCUAUGUGCACUUUAUUAAUCUGAGGCCUCCAGCUAAUGAAAAUUUUUUUAAGAAAUAGUCAAAACAGUUAUAUUUGACUAAUACUUUGCCAAACGUCUGAAGAAAUCAGCUCUUUAUGUAUCUUGAUGACUGUGCCAUUCUAAGCUUUAUGUGCAGCUGAAAGUAUUUUAAUGACGCUGUAUCUUUGCUAAACAGUUAUGUGAGUAAUAUUUUGUGGCCUUUACUCUAUUUGCAGUCCUUUUGCUAGUUUCGUUUGCUUGUUUUUGUUUGUUGUUGUUUUUUUUGUUUUUUUUUUUUUUCAUUUUUGACCCCACUAAGCUUACAAAUUUUCAUUUUCAACACAUUUUUAUUUCAGUUUUUUUUUUUUUUCGGUUUUCUGGUGUGAGCAUCAGCAAUCAUUCCAUGUUUUUGUUUUGUGACUUAUUUUUGUUUGUUUUGUGUUUACUGAUGUGCAGAUGAGCUGAAUGUACAUAUUUUAUAUAAAUUAUAGUGUUUUUGUAAUGAUGUAAAAUAUUUCUGUUUUAUUGCCAUGAAGGUAGCUCAGAAGGUUGGUAAUAUUUACAGAAAUAAAGCACCUUUCCACAA